AAUGCGUUGUCUUUUCUUCCUCUCGCUCGCCUCCUUCCAGCAGCGCCGGCCUCCAACGAGCCCAACAAUGUAAAUGCAACACCUGAUCGAUCAAUACCUAAGCUGUGUGAUCCGUUUGCGCUGGAGAGGUGGUGGUUAAACCUGAGCCCGGGGAGAAGGAGAAAGGUCGGCGUUGGGGGGAAGGAAAGAGGCGGGGAGAAGGCGGAGGGGCGGCGGACGGAUGCCUGGCCGCUGUCCGCGGUGCUGAAUGAUCAGCUCAGUGCACGUCUCCACCUCCCGCGGCAGCACACCAGGGAAGCGACCUCCCUCCGCGACAUGUCUGAUCGAGGAGAUGGGCAAGGGCGACGACAACGAUCGCAUCGUGAUAAACGUGGGAGGGACUAGGCACGAAACGUACCGGAGCACCCUGAAGACCCUGCCCGGCACUCGGCUGGCAUGGCUCACCGAGCCCGGCGCCUUCGCCAAUUUCGACUACGACCCCAAGGCGGGCGAGUUCUUCUUCGACCGCCACCCGGGGGUCUUCGCUCCACAUCCUCAACUACUACCGCACGGCAAACUGCACUGCCCGGCCGACGUGUGCGGACCCCUGUACGAGGAGGAGAUCGCCUUCUGGGGUAUCGAUGAGACUGACGUGGAGCCUUGCUGCUGGAUGACUUACCGGCAGCACCGAGACGCCGAGGAGGCUCUGGACAGCUUCGAGUCUCCCGAUCUCAACAGCGGCGAUGGUGAGGCGGCGGCGGAGGAGACGGGGUCGGGGACGUCGGAGGACGAGCUGGACACUAAGCGCCUCGCCAUCGGAGACUGUUCCCUGAAGCCGGAGCGAAAGCCGGCUGGUGGAGGAAAUGGCAACGCCGCAUUCUGGGCUCUCUUUGAAGACCCCUAUUCCUCUAAAUAUGCACGGUACUGUGCUUUUGCUUCGCUUUUCUUCAUCUUGGUGUCAAUCAGCACCUUCUGCCUCGAGACCCAUGAGGCAUUUAACCCAAUCGUUAACAGAACGGAGAUUGUAAGGAAUGGAAAUGAAACCAGAAUGGAAACUAUUCAGGAAACAGAAACAGAAGCCUUCUUAAUGUACAUCGAAGGAGUCUGUGUGGUAUGGUUUACCUUUGAAUUUCUCAUGAGGAUCACUUUCUGUCCCAACAAAGUGGAGUUUAUCAAGAAUACUCUCAAUAUCAUAGACUUUGUCGCCAUUCUGCCCUUCUAUCUGGAGGUAGGACUCAGUGCUUUGUCUUCCAAAGCUGCUAAGGAUGUUCUGGGCUUCCUGAGAGUGGUUCGCUUUGUCCGAAUCCUGCGAAUCUUCAAGCUGACCCGUCAUUUUGUAGGACUGAGAGUUUUAGGACAUACUUUGCGUGCAAGCACCAAUGAAUUCCUGCUGCUCAUCAUCUUCUUGGCACUUGGCGUCCUGAUAUUUGCCACCAUGAUCUACUAUGCUGAGAGGAUAGGUGCUAACCCCCAUGACCUGAGAGCCGAUAAACACACACACUUCAAAAAUAUUCCGAUUGGAUUUUGGUGGGCCGUAGUAACCAUGACUACACUUGGCUAUGGAGACAUGUAUCCUCAGACAUGGUCGGGCAUGUUGGUAGGAGCCCUCUGUGCUCUUUCGGGCGUGCUGACCAUUGCUAUGCCAGUCCCUGUCAUUGUCAAUAAUUUUGGAAUGUAUUACUCCUUAGCGAUGGCCAAACAAAAAUUACCAAAGAAGAAAAAGAAGCAUAUACCGAGACCGCCCCAGCUGGGAUCCCCCAAUUAUUGUAAAUCUGGUGUAAACUCUCCACAUCACAGUACACAGAGUGACACAUGCCCACUCGCUCAGGAAGAGAUUUUAGAAAUAAACAGAGCAGAUUUUAAACAGAACGGUGAUGCAGCAAAUGCAGCAUUGGCAAACGAAGAUUGUCCUCAUAUUGACCAGGCACUGACGCCUGAAGAUCACCUCCCCUUCACUCGUUCUAACACCAGGGAGAGGAAUGCCAGAGACGGGCCCUGCUUCCUCUUAUCAACCGGGGAAUUUGCAUGUCCACCCGAUGGAGGAAUAAGAAAGGAUUUCUGCAAAGGCAGCCCUGUCAUUGCUAAAUAUAUGCAAGCAGGGGCAGUCAGAGUAACUUAAUGAGCUGGGACAGAAUUGGACGCUCUGUGGGCAAUUAUCUGUCCACUGGGAACAUUUCAAGAAAAGAAGACCCACCUCUUUAGGACAAGCAAAGCUACUUCAAGCCGAACAGGCUUCUAAGGACCAUGUGUGUAACAGAUUUGACCCAGAAAUGCAGGCUUUCUAAAGCCCAAUGUUUCCAAAAAAAGGUAGAAGAUUUGUAUUUGUUUGCUAGCAUGAACUGCAUGUUAUAGAAACUGUAAUUCUAUGAUUAACCUUUAAAUCAGAAGUUCUAUUUCCUUCCAAAAUACUUUACUUUUACAAAACUUUGAUGUGAUCAUAAUGUAAGAAUUAACUAUAUUUAUUUGCAAUGGAUAGCUUUUUUUGUAUUAUUCAUGAAACAGUGCAAGAUUAGAGAAAACUGUAUGUAGAUGGCGAUUGGUCAUAUUGACCACUCAUCCGUGCUUCAGAUCUCCAUCUGAAACAAGCCGUUAAAACUAUGUAUUCAGAAAGCACUUCUGCCCCUGUAUCUGAUUAGGUUGGCAUGCUAGUAAUCUUGUAUUUUCUGGACAUCAUGUGUAUCUAUAAAUAUUAACUCUUCAUCCAGAUGGUCUUAGCCUCUUUGCAUUUAUAAGUGUAUAUUUCAGACUUGCAGACUCUAAAUUAGGAAGUGUGCAUUUCAUUGAACAGUACCAAUUUAUCUACGCCGUUUUCCAUGGCAGGACUACUGGUCCAAGUCAGCGAGUGACUUCACUCUAAUUUGGUCUCCUAAAGUUGGAAUCAAUACUUCAGCACUGUAUGCAAUUUAGUUCUGAAUACGUGCAUGCACAAUAUAAUAUGCAAAAAAAAAGUUCGAGCAUGAAAUAAAUUUUGUAUUAAAUCGG